GCCCUCAGCCCAGCGGCUCCGCUCCGCCGUCCCGUCUCAGAGAAAGUACAGAGCUGCACUUCACAAACUCUCUUCACAACUGUGUGUUUUUUUAGGUAGUUUUGUUGUUUAUUUUUGCGUACUUUUGAAGUUCGUCACUGGCAAAAGAUGCCCUCUACCCACGACUGGAUUAACAACCCGCUGGGUGUUGUUGAAGGGAUGUUUGCGUCUUCCCAGAAUAACCCGGAGUCGGGAUGGGAGGCUAAGGCGGUGCUGUUCUUCAAAGAGCAGCUGAAAGACAAGGAGGCUCAUACCUCGGUCCCGUCUCUGAACGACGUCCCGCUGCAUUACCUGAAGCCCAACAGCCUGGUCAGGUUCCGCUGUUUAAUCCAAGACAUGUUCGACCCCGAGUUUUACAUGGGAGCGUAUGAGACUGUCGAUCCAUCGACUAAGGCCAGGGUUUUGCGAUGCGGGAAGUACAAAGAUGUAACAGAAUGUGGGGUGGAUUUGAAUUCCAGAAACACCGUCACUGCAGAGAGACAGACUUUCUACUGCGUGCCUAUCCCCGGAGAAAAUCCCUGGGUCAAAGAGAGCCUCGCCGGCUCUAGCCAAGCGAGAGUCGUUCCGUCGACCUCUUACGUCCCGAGCCGACAGAAACGCAGCUACGAGGAGGACGACGACAUGGACACGCAGCCGCAGAAGCAGAGGGAACCACACACCGGCCCUCAGAGCCACACGGAGCCGCACGGCAACGGCGACUGUAAACGCCAGGAGACGGAAGCUCCUUCCAGCCAAACCACAUCUGCCUCCCACCUCGACCUCAACUUCCCCCUGCCAGGGGAGAAGGGCCCGUCCUGCCUCGUCAAGGUGUACGAGGACUGGGACAGCUUCAAACUGAACGACACGCUGGAGGUCUACGGGAUCCUCUCCGUCAGCCCGGCACUCAGCGCUCUGGCUGAGGAGAAAGACGCCUCCUCGUCCCUCCUGGAUCCUGCAGAGUGCAUGGAGACGGCGGAGGAGCAGAGAGUCCACAGCCCGCCGGCCUCGCUCGUGCCUCGCCUCCACAUGAUCUACGCCAAGCCACUGCCACACUGCAACCCUCUGCUGCCCUCUGCUGCCCUGGAGGACAACAGUGCCUUUUUGUCGUCAACCCUGAGCGAGAUGGCCUCUGUCAGGACGGAGCUGCUCGCUUACCUCACUCACGUCCUUCUGGGAGAUGCGCUGGCAGCCGAGUACCUCAUCCUGCAUCUCAUUUCCAGCGUGUACGCCAGACGAGACGUUCUCCCACUGGGCAAAUUCACCUUGAAUGUGAGUGGCUGUCCAACCGUGGCCUCAUACACUGAACGCCUCUACCAGAUCAUCCAGCAGCUUGUGCCUUGUUCGUAUCGUCUCAGCAUGAGCCUGCAGAACAUGAACCAGCUGCGUUUGGUGCCCAAGAAGGACUACGUGGCCAACCGGCUGGUGAGCGGGGCGCUGCAGCUGGCCAGAAACACGUCCCUGUUCCUGGACGAAACACAGCUGGAGCAGGGGCAGCUGGACACAACAGGUGUGCGGAACAUCACGGCGCUGGGAAACCUGAUCUCGUGGCAGAAGGUUGAUUAUGACUUUAACUACCACCAGAUGGAAUUCCCCUGCAAUAUUAACGUGCUCAUCGCGUCAGAGGGCCGCUCGCUGCUACCGUCAGACUGUCAGGUCCACCUGCAGCCUCAGGUCGCCCCGCCCCAAAUGGAGGAGUACCUCAGUGCCAUCCACAUGCACCCGCAGGCGUCAUCGCAGCUGAACAAGUUCCGACUCUACCUGAGCUUGGCUCGAACGCUGGACUACAGCAUCUCUGACGAGGUCACGAAGGCGGUUGAGGAUGACUUUGUUGAUAUGAGGAAGGACGAUCCCCAGAGCAUAUCUGCCGAAGACUUCCACAGGCUUCUUGUUGUGGCAAGGUUACUGUCUCUGAGCCUGGGACAGACCUCGCUCUCCAGAGACAGCUGGAUGAGGGCCAAACACAUCGAGACGCUGCGGAGGAGCAGGACGGAGCAGCAGCAGCAGUGUGUUAAUGGCAAUGAGCCUUGAUCAAAUUCCCAGUCUGGGGCAGCUGAAAUAUGAGUUCUUGUUUCUGUUGUUUGUUUUUUUUAUACUAAACAAGCAAAAGGUUGUAAAAGUUGUUUUUCCAUAUAUGAAAUUGUUAAUGCUCUUCCUCAGCCUUUUUACUUUCCCAACAUGCAACUUAGGACUUCUACCAGAUGCCAUAACGAACGUCGAACUAGUUUUGUUAACGGUGCAAGUUGUACAUAAAGUUGAACUCUUCAAACGUCUGUAAUUGCCAUGUGUCACUUGCUAAGCCUUAAAUUAAAGAGAUAAGUCACGGCCUGUUUAUUUCUGGAUUUUUGCCAGUGGUUUUCCCACAAUGUUGCAGCAGACCAAAUUUUCUAGUUUUAUACAAAAUCAUCCAUUGUUGACCUCAGAAUAUGUAAAUAAAGCGAUGAGGUCUGUGUGAAAAGCUUA